AAGUAUCGUCUUGUACAGAAUAUUAGAUUUAGAAAUAAUGUCGGAUCGAACACACCCAUUGGCUUCAUAACAACAUUACGUUUUCCAUUCAUCAGCGUUCUCAUUCACAUUUACAAUCUGUAGACUAGACUCAGAUCUUCAGUCUAGAUCUAGAUCUAGAUCUAGAUCUUAGCAAUAAAAAUGUCUAAGAAAUCCAUAAGCAUAACGGUAGUCAGUUCUGAGCAUGUUGUAGAGCACAUUUUACCGGCGCAAAUAGAAUGCCACUCUAAAACUAAACAUAAGAAGAAAAAGGGCCCUAUAGGGAGUGACUUGACAUAUUCAACCAACUUGGGUAAAACUUCUCAGCAGCAAAGUAGCAGUGAAGAUGACAAUGAGAUGGAAACAGAAUUGCCUGCCCCAAAACAAGAUGAUCAUGACCCUGACUAUGGAGAGGUUUUUAAGUUUCGUACACAUAAAAAAUCAGGACAAAUGGUUUCCAAAGCUGAAACAUGUACACCCAAAUCAUCUGCUAAAAGGGGAAAGCAGGGAACGCCAAAAAGUCUGAAAGUGAAAGCAGUAGCAACACCACCAAAGACCCCACGCUUACAAGACAAAUUUUCUCAUGAAGCUUCAACUCCUCUUAAGUUAGGUGUGGCAGCUCAGAGAGAACACAAGCGCGUGGAAUCUUCAACACCUUACAGACUUCGCAAGCGUAACAUGGAUUCACAGCAUUCAGGCUCAUCUUCUGAUGACAGUGUUGAUGAUGAUACAUCAAGUGAUGAGGCACAAGAGGAGGAGGAAGAAAUGUGCACUGAUAAAAAAUCAUCAACCAACAAUGACACAGAUAUGUCUGCCAAAGCUGAGAAUUACUUUGACCUUCACUCUAUGGCGCCAAUAACCUCAGACAGAACCAUGUCCUCCUUAGACGGCCCAAGGCUUGAUGUGGACACCAUUCGAGAGGUUCUCAAGCACUUUGAUGAUGGUCACAAGAAGUCUAUUUCAGAAUUAAUGGAGAAACACACCAGAUUUUUUAAGAGAUGGAUGUUCAAUAUGUGCUGUGGCUAUAAUAUAUUACUGUAUGGACUCGGCUCAAAGCGUCUGUUACUGGACAAGUUCAGAGAAGAAUAUCUGAUGGAAUUUUCUCACUUAGUUAUUAAUGGAUACUUUCCUAGCCUUACAGUUAAACAUAUCCUAAAUUCAAUAACAGAAGAAAUUCUAGAAACAUCUAAAGGAUUUACAAAUGUAUAUAGUCAGAUAGAAUUUAUACAAGAGGCUUAUAAAAAUAAAAAUGAGGAUUUUUAUUUAGUGAUACACAAUAUAGAUGGAGUCUUGCUACGCUCUGAAAAGUCCCAAGCAGUACUGAGUAGUCUGGCAAAGAUUGAAGGCUUCCACAUCAUUGGCUCAGUGGACCAUAUCAAUGCUGUGCUCAUGUGGGACCAGAACAAGUAUUGCCAUUUCCGUUGGCUGUGGUAUGAAACUGCCACCUUCCAACACUACGACGCGGAGAACUCGUACGAGAACUCGCUCAUGGUGCAACAGUCAGGCUCGCUGGCCAUGAGCUCAUUGGUUCAUGUGAUGAGGAGUUUGACGCCUAAUGCACGCCAGGUGUUUCUUCUACUGGCAGAAUACCAGCUUGAGAUGGGGCAAACCACAAACUAUUCAGGCAUGUCCUUCCAAACUCUGUACCACAAGUGUAGAGAAGCUUUCCUUGUUAACAGUGAUCUCACCCUACAAGCUCAACUUGUUGAAUUUAAAGACCAUAGACUGAUACUUUCAAAAAAGAAUUAUGAAGGUAUCGAACAUUUAAUAAUUCCUGUGGACCAGGCAACCCUCAAAGAAUUUAUUCAAGAACAUAAAAGCAGUUGACCCGAUUUGUUCAGUAACACUUGAAUUCCAUAUCCCAGGUUUUAUGCCAUGCUUGCCUUACAUUCCCUGUAAGUUCUUGUUACUGUAGGAAUUGUCAGUGGGUUUUGAAUACAUUCAGAUUAGGCUUUCAUUGGUUUUUUUUCAUCUAUUUCACGAAGAAUUUACAAAAAUUAUUUUAAUAAAUAUGCAACUGUACAUUUCCUUUACAAUUUAUAAAAAUUUUCAACUCAACUGCUGUUUUUAAACAAUGUAUUGAUGUAUGUUUUUUUAAAAUUACUGUACUACUCAGACUUGGUCUGCUUUGACAUAAUGAAAUUGUUCUCAUUCUCAACUAAAUAAACUGACUUCAU